AUGGCAGAAUACUGGAAGUCAACACCAAAAUACUGGUGCAAGUUCUGCCUUGUCUACGUUAAAGACACCAAGUUCGAGCGGGCGCAACACGAAGCAACCGGCCGCCACCAGGGCAACAUUCAGCGCAGUCUCAAGAGCCUCCACCGUGAGCAAGAAGUCGAGCAGCGUAACAAAGCGCGAGCACAGGCUGAAGUCGCGCGACUCAAUGGCCUUGUGCCCUCCACCAGCUCUCCCUCGGUAGCAGGGGGCACGGGUGGGGCUGCCACAUUCGAAAAGCGGCCUGAGAAGAAGGCGACUGUCGAAGAUCGGAAGCGACAAUGGGAUCAAUUAGCAGCUAUGGGAAUAGCGGUCCCAGAGGCGGUGAGAGGGGAUCUGGCGAUCGCAGGAGAGUGGAAGAAGGUGUCCGAAGAAGUUAUAGGCGAAGUGACCGAGGAUGGAGAGUUCAAGGCGACUUCUCUGAACAAGGGUGUCAGAAAGAGAAAGAUAGAUGAGGAAGAGGAAGAGCGAGAAGCAGCGGGAGAGAUCAUCACCAGGAAGAAGGGUUGGGGCCACAAAUUUAAGGCAUUUCCAGGGAGUAAAGAGGUGGACGAUGACAUUGAGUCAUUGCUGAGGAAGAAGGAGGUCCCGAUCGAUCAAAAGCAAGAAGUCAAGCGGGAGGAUUCGGAAGGGCUCGGCGUCAAGGCGGAGGACGAGGAUUAUUCCACUACAAAGACAUUACACGGCAUUCCUACGGCUGAAGAAGAAGAAGCACAAGCACGAGAGGCUACUACAACCGUGAAGCAGGAAGAUGUAGCCGCGCCGACUACACCAGCUGCACCAGCUAUUGUCUUUAAAAAGAGGAAGAAGAUUGCAAAGUAA